AUGUCGCUGAAAGCAUUGUGGACUGUAUUAUUGUGCGUCAUUGUUGUGCAGUCACCAUUUGAAGGUCAGAAUAUUUUUUCGCAUUGGUUUGGUAAUGGAAAUGAUGAGAAAAAAAUGAGUCCGAAUGAAAAGCACAAUGAAGCAAUUGGUCGUUCAUCAAAAUUAGUUCAAGCUGCAACUAUACGGUCUCAUGAUGAUAUCAAUAUAAGUUUGGACAAAGUAUUCAAAUGGCAUUUAGAGCGGAUAACUUUACCGAUAAAGUCCAAAAUGAAAGCACUAGAUCCGAAAGAUGUGAAAAACAGACUCGAGAAAAAAAUGUCAAAAGAAAUUCAGUCUAGAAAGUUAUAA